UUUUGUACCUCUCAACGAUAACGCCAAACACCCUCGAAUAAUCGACAACAGCAAACAAUGUCUUUCCGAGGUGGAUCAAGAGGCGGUCGCGGUACCGGCGCCAAUGCUGGUUUCAGCGGUGGUAGAGGAGGAUUCGGUGGUCGUGGUGGAGGUGCGUCGAUGCGAAUUUGCGGAUUUGAGAUCAAUUGUGCGCAAUUACUAACGGUUCAUAAUAGGCCGUGGCGGUUUCCAGCAAAGAGACAACGGCCCUCCAGCAGAUGUCUUUGGUAGAGAGUCUUAAUUGACAUUGUCAGAGCCAAUUGCUAAUAUUGGAAUAGCUAUGGGAUCUUUCCUCCAUGCCAGUGAAGGAGAAAUUGUCUGCGAAUCUAUCAAUACUAAAAUUCCUUACUUCAAUGCACCAAUCUAUUUAGAGAACAAGGUAAAAAUCUGCAAUCCCCAAAAAUUUGCGAAAAACAUAAGCUAAUAAUUGAAUCGAUAGACUUCAAUUGGUAAAGUUGACGAAAUUCUCGGUCCCAUCAACCAAGUUUAUUUCACCAUCAAGCCCACCGAAGGUAUCCAAGCUACUUCAUUCAAGACUGGCGACAAAUUCUACAUCGGAGGCGACAAACUUCUCCCGUUGGAAAAAUUCCUUCCAAAGCCAAAGCCACCUCCAGGAGCACCAAAACCAAAGAGAGCCGGUGGUGCCAGAGGAGGUAGAGGAGGACCAAUGAGGGGUGGACGAGGUGGCGGAAGAGGCGCGCCACGCGGAGGAAGAGGUGGUUUCACACCAAGAGGUGGUAGUGGAGGUUUCUCCAGAGGUGGAGGAAGCGGCGGCUUCUCUAGAGGUGGUGGUGGUUUCACUCCUCGAGGUGGCGCGAGAGGCGGUUCGAGAGGAGGAUUUUCCCGAGGUGGCCGUUAAAUCAUAGGGUAAAGAGCUGAAGUAGACGAAUCUGGGUAUAUGGCGUUUUUAAGGGUCUGUUUGUAGGUACGGCUUGGGCUGCUGCGAACUUCUGUGUAAAACUUGUACUUUCUUAGUCAAUAGUCGGUGGGGCUAUUGGAAAAAUUCCAAAGCUUCGGGCAACAUAUUACACAUGUUUCACCAAAGAGAAUCGACUCUAAAUUAAGAUCAAGCACUCACCAAUGAAUAAUGGACCGAAAAGCUUUCCAUACACGCUGAAUUAUCUGUA